AUGAUUUCCAGGCUGCCGACUGAUGACGGGCCACCUGAGGUGAAACGUCCGAAACUUGAUGCUGGAUCGAAUUCGAUUCAGGACGGGAAGCAACGAGAUGCAAAAUUGAUUUUUUCCAAAUUUGAUUUUAUUGUAAGGCCGGAGAAACCGAAAGAAACAAAAAAAGAAAAAAGAGACAAAUUUACGGGUAAAGACUACAAACGACUGCUGGAAAAAGCUGAGAAAAGAGAUGAACGAUUGAGUGAAAUUCGAGCAAAGAAUCCGGGAAAAGCUGAUAAAAUUGAGAACAAUAUUCAGUGGAAGAAAGCGAUGAAUCGUGUGGAAGGGAAUAAAGAUAACCCAGAGCUUCUUAAAAAAAGUUUGAACAAAAAAGAAAAACUAAAGGAAUGGAGGAAAAAGAAAUGGGAGAAACGUGUGGAACAUACGAAGCAAAUGCAAGCGCGGCAGCAGGAGAAACGCCGAGCUAACAUCCAAGCAAGAAAAGAUGCAGUGAAAAAGAAGAAAUUGCAAAAAGCACGGAAGAAAGGAAGAAUUUUGUAA